AUGUCUAAAAUAAAGAGUAACUUCAUUAAUAAAAUUUUAUAUAUUGCAUAUUUUUUUAAGAUUUCAAUGUUUUUGCUUUUAAUAUGGAUAUUUGCCUUUUUCAAUAAUAUAUGUUAUACAAUUGAAAAUGUGAAGUCUAUCCACAAGCUAAAUGGUACAUACGGAAUAGGGGUGCAUCGUUUAUUGUCAAUAACUGAAUUGGAGAUUGGAUUUGAACAGAAUAAUAUAAAAGAAGGUAUAUCUCAAAACUAUGAAAGUAAUGAAUUAAAAAAUGAAUCUGAAGAUACAUCAAUAUAUAGAAGAUUAAAAAAAAAUAGUUCAAAUCAUAUGUAUUCUUAUAGGAAAAAUUUAAAAAAUACUUAUGCAAAAAAAAAAGGAUUAGAAAAAUUAGAUUGCUAUUUCGAAAAAAAAAUAUUCAACAAUAUUGAUAAAAUACAUAAACUUGCUGAAAAUGGAAAUUAUGAUAAAAAAUCAUUUAAAAAUAUAAUACUUAAAAAAUAUGGAUAUAAAAUUAUCUUCUUUUCUUUAUUUUCUUUGCUUGGAUUAAUAGUUUCUAUAUUAGCAUGGGCUGAAGUGAAGGUAUUACCAAGCAGUCUAGGAGUGUUGGGAACUAUAAUACCUUAUUUAAAUGAAUCAUUUUUCUCAAUAUAUUGUACUAUAUUUAUAUUAACUAUUAUUUACAUCUUCAUUAAAGCAGUAAAAUAUGAAAAAUUAAAAACGGGAAAAGGAAAAAUGAAUAGAAAAGAAUAUAUCUGCUUUUGUAAAGAAAUUUUUAAAAUAAACUAG